UUUACCUCUCCCACAAUAAUAGCACUGCCUCACGCCCUUCCCCCACUGUGUCCCCAGGCCGGUCCCGUCACCACCUUACCCCCCUGGCUCACCCACCGUGGCCUCACCGGAAUCCGCAUCUUGGCCUUUUUUGUCAGCCGCGAAACAGCACGGCCACAUCCUUUGUCCAAUGAUGGACACCGUGGCCCACCGAACAGCAUCCUGCGCCCAUCGCGCAGAUGCAUGAUGCCGGCAGUGAAGAUCCCCGCCGACGCAGUUAUCCGGAAAGGAUGAGGCGCGCCGUUGGUACAGUACAAAGGAAGAGAUUCGAAACCAUUAUCUGGCCUGGACUUUUUGUCUUCUUGUCUCAAACAGCUGGCCUAACAACAGAUCCUCUUCCUUUGCCUCUUCCUUUCACCGGUGUCGCCUUUACGGGAUCAGCCAACAAAGGCAAAUGUCUGUCUCAUGAGCACUUGUCAAAGCCUGAUGGCACUUGGUUAUGACUCUUCCAAGCUACCCCUACCCCUGCGUUCCCGACAAACUCGGCGAUGCGGAGAAGCGGAAAGGGCUGACCGAGGACCGGGAGUCGCCGUUCGUGAGGCUCGAUAGAUGAUCAGGUGUUGCCGUGCUUCUGCUGACAAUCGGGUGUCGGCGUGAGGAGAAUAGGUGGCUAGACAUGCCGAGAUGGAAACCUGCCUCAAGCUGAUGACUCCACUACAUAAACACCCUCAUCAUCAACGA